UGCCGAAGCCUCUUUAGAGGGCCGCAGCAACCGGGCGAGGGCUACGAGGAGUCCGGAAGAUAGAUCAAGAUAGAUGACGAUUAGACAUGGAGGAUGCAUGACGAGGCGUCCAAUCGGUUAUGCCGGUCUCAUGUUGAUCUAGCCAUUCCAAUUAGGAACAUAUUGUGCACCCGGUAUUCCGUCGGCUUUACUGAAAAUUGGGAGUUUAGAUAACGCCAAUGCCACUGACCGUACCUGGCUAGCCGAUAAGUGUCGGCCAAAGUCCACAAACGUCGCUCGAUAUAAGGUAUCUGUUACGUCGUCGCGGGUUCUUUCGACCCGUUCAAAUUCCCAUGCGCUCAUGAUUUUUCGCGGUAAAUAAUUUCGAGAAGAUGGAUAAGCUAAGAUAUAUUCGGCCGCCGGAGAUGUUGCUGCGAAUAUACUCGCUAUGCAUCCUGGCACUGGACCUCGUGACACUUUUCAUCGGAGUGAGCUGCACGAUCCUGACAGCCGUCUACAGGAUGUUUAGACCGCCACCGUUGAAGAAUCUCAACUAUGAAGUAGCCAUGGUUGUGGGUGCUGGCCGUGGGAUAGGCAAGGAACUAGCUCUACAACUAUGCCAAUUUGGUGUCUCGGUCGCUUGUGUGGACAUUAACAUGGAAACCUGCGCUGCCACAGUGCAACGUGCCCAGCAACAACAUGGAGUUUGCAGGAACUACCAGUGCGACGUGAGAAAUAAGGAUGCGGUUACUCGAACUGUGAAUCUUAUUAAGAAUGAAUUGGGAGACAUUACCAUGCUUUUUCAUUGUUGCGGCUUGCCUAGCCCACGUGCAUUAAUACAAGAAUCGUCAGAAGUAAGAGACACCAUGGAAGUGUCGGUCAUCAGUCACUUUUGGUUGUUGGAUUCAGUUUUACCAAAUAUGCGACGCAUUGGUAAAGGUCACAUCACAAUUCUGUCUUCCGUCGCCGGUCUGUCCAAUGGAUCGAGUGGCCGUGGAACCAGAGUUCCCUUGUCUACCGCGCAAUUUGCGGUCCAGGGAUUGGCAGAGUCCUUGCACAUGGAAUUAAGACAUGCAAAUAGCAACAUCAAUGUUUCAUUGGUUCACGUUUAUCCAUUUAUUGUUGCGACAGAAAUUGCGAAAGAUAUACGUUUUAGAAUACCGAGUUACUUUGGUACAAUGCCUGCCGCAGAAGCUGCUAGACAAAUUUUAGAUGGUGUUCGUCGAAACUAUACAGAAUUCAGCGUGCCGGGAUAUUUGCUCUAUCUCGGGCAUGUACUCAGGAUUCUUCCGAAAAAGGCAUCUUUUAUGUUGCGCGAUUUGUUAGACACUGGAGUUGAUUUUGCGUGAUGUUACAUAUAAACGUAUAUUAAUUAUAUCUUAUAUAUGUAUCUUAUAUUAUCCACCGUGUGUCAAAGUUGCAUUUGUUCUUACUGCAUAAUUUCUCAGUAAGGCGUAUUUUCUACUUUUUUUAAAAUAUCCAAAUAUAAUUUUGUAUAUCUUACUUUUUAAGAAAAAGAAUGCAACAAAUGUGAGAAUUUAUGUAACAAAAAAUAUUUUAUUUUUUUACACAUUUGCAAAUUAUAUGUCCAUCUU